AUGUCACAGCAACACCACCACCAACUACACGAUCAACUGAAGGCUACGUUGACUCGACGUGAGGAGAUCGCAAAGUUACGACGGCUUGUAGUCAACCCACCCACUGCUAUUGACUUCAGCUCCAACGACUUUUUGGGCUUGACACAAAACUCGAUGCUUCGAGAGAGAUACUUGAAUGAAUUACAGCAACUGGAUCGUGUCUUGGGAUCCACAGGCUCGCGUUUAUUGGAUGGCAACUCACAAUACGCUAUCGAUUUGGAGAACAAAAUUGCUACGUUUCAUGGUGCAGAAACAGCGUUGCUAUUCAACUCGGGUUUCGAUGCCAAUGCUGGAUUCUUUGCAACAGUGCCACAGAAGGGAGAUAUUGUCAUAUACGAUGAGUUAAUCCAUGCAAGUGUUCACGAAGGAAUGCGAAUGUCACGUGCUGCCCGGUGCAUCCCGUUUAAACAUUCCGAUGUCAAUGACUUGAAUCGGAUUCUUAUGGACCUUGGUGAAACAACCAGCAAUGUCUUUGUCGCACUCGAGACGGUCUACUCUAUGGAUGGCGAUGUUGCUCCUCUUCCACAAAUCGUUGGCACGCUUAAAAAGUAUUGGCCAAACAGAGAAAAUGGACACAUUGUCGUGGAUGAGGCACAUAGCACAGGUGUAUACGGCAAGAAUGGACGUGGUGUGGUUGCACAUUUUGGAUUAGAGGAUGAGAUUUUUGCUCGAUUACACACAUUCGGCAAGGCGUUGGCAAGCAACGGAGCGGUCAUUCUCGGUUCCAGCAUACUACGCGAAUAUCUUAUCAAUUAUGCACGUCCUCUUAUUUAUUCCACUUUCAUGUCAUUCUCAAGCUUGGCAAGUAUCAAGUGUGCUUACGACAUGCUGGCUAGUGGAGAAACCAUUCCUAUUCAAGAACAUGUACAUCUUCUCACUCGUCGGUUCCGAGAAACCAUUUACUUGCCAAUGGGUACCUUACUUCCUUCAGCAAGUCCUAUUCAAGGGAUUGUCCUUAAUGGUAAUGCACCUGUACGAUCGCUUGCCAAGUACUUGAACAAACAAGGUUUCAUUGUCAAACCGAUUUGCUCCCCAACUGUCCCAAAGGGUCAAGAACGUGUACGCAUUUGUCUCCAUGGUCACAAUACAUUUGAGCAGGUAGAUGCACUUGUUGCUGCUGUCCAUACGUUUUUCAAUGUCAAAGUACCACCCACCGGUAUCCAUCAUCCCUUAUCAUCUCUUGAAUCCGCCAAAUUGUAA